AUGACACAGUGGUUCACAGGUCUAACACUAUCGUUGUUCCUAACCUACUUGGCAAUAACAUUAGUUGUUGCCUUUCAAAUAGGAAGGAUUAUAUAUAACAAACACAAGAAGUUCUCAUGGCGAUCUGGAUUCCUGUUGCUGGGAUUCCUUUGGGGAGCAUUGCGAACUGUGUUCUGGUUGACAUUUGGUGUCAAUCAGAAUCAAUUGGUGGCCGAGAUGUUGUUUAGUAUUCCGAUCAACAUACAGUUUGCAACAUUCUCACUGUUGGUCCUAUUCUAUGCACAUGUCGUGCACAGAUCCACAUGGGAGACAUCGACCAAGGCCAUCUUCUCCAUAGCCUACAUCAGCAUAAAUGUUCUACUCUUUAUCCUACAGUGUGUUUGGAUAGCAUUCGAUUACAAGGACUCAUUGAAUCAACCGAAUAAUGAUAAUAGUACCAAUCCAAAUCCAAAUCCAUGUCAGACGACUGAUACUCAACUCACUGUAUACGAUCAGACUGCUUACAUUCUGACUGGCGUUGUCUUCCUUCUCUUGGUAUCAAUCUUGGCAUUCUAUGGCUGGCGAUUGAACUUUAUCAUCAAGUCUACAAAGAGCGCUCAACUACAAUCACAACUUCCAAUAUCAAUCAUUCCAAUUACAUUCAUUAUAUUCCUAUGCUUCACUUCUAGAUGCAUCUUUAACUUUAUCUCUGCAGUUGGAAGCAUCCCAAGUAUCAAUCUUGAUUGUGACUCUGUCAAACAGAGUAUUACAGUAUUCCUUAGUUACUUCUUCUGGGAGAUAUUACCUUAUAUUUUGAUUCUGGUAUUGUUCUGGAGGAUACCUUCGACACAGAUUGGCGGACUGUCCAAGCGCAGCAAGACCAAUUUGACAUUCCCCCAGACAACAGUGCCAGGUCGCGUGAUCAAUCAUCAGAGCCAGCCAGGUGCGCUCGCUCGCCUCUUCCUGGAUCCUCAGCGAUAUGACUCUGAUGACGAGACGACGACGCUGCUCUACAAGAACAGUCCAUCAGCGGCAAACAUGUACAAUGCAGGCAGAAACUCCCCUUACAGCACCACUCCAAUCGAGGAAGACAAGGAUCAACAGCAACAGCAGCAGCCUCUAUAUGAGGAUGGCGAUGAUUGA